GUUGCCACACCGCUAAGCGCCGUUUACUUCAUCACUUCCAUUCUAGUUCGGUAUCAGUACCGGUUCAUCACUUGUCCUUAAAUCACCUUCAGGAUAUCCUUGUAACCCACAAUCAAGAUGGGCAGGGAGGACAAGACUUCGUGGAAAGCCAACUACUUCGUGAAACUCGUCCAACUUCUCGAUGAGUACCCCAAGUGCUUCAUCGUGGGAGCAGACAAUGUCGGAUCCAAGCAAUUGCAGCAAAUUCGUCGCUCAUUGAGGGAGCAUGCCGUCGUUCUCAUGGGAAAAAACACCAUGAUCCGCAAAGCCAUUCGUGGACAUUUGGAGAACAACCCAGCUUUGGAAAAGCUUCUCCCUCAUAUCAGGGGCAAUGUAGGUUUCGUCUUCACUAAAAAUGAUUUAGUCGAUGUCCGUGAUCGCUUGACCGAAAACAGAGUUCGUGCUCCAGCUCGUGCUGGUGCACUGGCUCCAUGCCCUGUUGACAUUGAGCCCCAGAACACUGGUCUUGGACCCGAGAAGACUUCUUUCUUCCAGGCUUUGUCCAUCCCAACCAAGAUUUCCAAGGGUACAAUUGAAAUUAUUACUACCGUUAACGUGAUCAAGGAGGGUGAACGUGUCGAUGCUUCGGCCGCUACUCUCUUGAACAUGUUGAACAUUUCUCCGUUCACUUACGGUCUCGUUGUUCAACAAGUCUACGAUUCUGGAACUGUGUUUGAGCCGAAAAUCUUGGACAUCAAGCCAGAAUCUCUGCGUACACGUUUCAUGGAGGGUGUUCGUAACGUCGCUAGCAUCUCGCUUCGCAUCGGUUACCCAACUUUGGCAUCUGCUCCUCACUCGUUGAUCAAUGGUUUCAAGAACUUGCUGGCUGUUGCUGCUGCAACUGAUAUCGAGUUCAAGGAAGCUAUGACUGUCAAGGAGUUCUUGAAGGAUCCUAGCAAGUUUGCGGCUGCCGCAGCCGCAUCAGCUCCAGCUGCUGCCGCCCCGGCUGCGGCCGCUGCUGCUCCCAAGAAGGAGGAGAAGAAAGAAGAAUCCGAAGAAGAGGAUGAUGACAUGGGUUUUGGUCUCUUUGACUAAAUGAUCAUGUCGUCAUUUAAUCUGUUUUUCAAACAGCUAGUUAAGUGCUGUUACAUGGUGGGUAUGUCCCAUAUACCGCGGAUAGUUAUCUUGACUGACUGGAAUACAAUGACAGAUUAUCUGAA